UUUUUUUGACGCACAGUGUGGGGUUGUCUCUCAGUGAACCCAGCGCCCCCCCCGCGCGCUGUGACAGGUGGGACAGUCCGCAGCGCGCGAGCCUCUGAAAGCCGGCGCGCCCUCCGUGACCAGGCAGCGACAGGAUGGAGAACGUGGACGAGGUGAGCGUGCUGCAGGGGCAGGUCCAGCGCCUGCAGGCGGAGGUGUCGGCUCUGCAGGCCCAGCAGCAGCACGGCCGGCGGGACGGGACGCUGCCGCUCACGGGACGGCUGCAGGACACGCUGGCGGAGGUGUGCGGCGGGGCCGGGGGGGAGGAGGCGCUGUCCCGCCUGAGGGAGGAGGUGCAGGAGCUGGAGAGAGACCUGCACCGCCAGACGGAGCUGAACGGCUUCAGCCUGAGCAGCUGCAGCAGCAGGAGCCUGCAGCACGGUGGCGGUGUGCUGGUGCAGCAGCUCUGCAUCGCAGGUUCCUGCUCUGAGCUGGACUUCCAGGUGGAGUUCCAGCUGACCUCUGACCUCAAGGAGGAUCAGAGGUGUGAGAGGAAGGUCACUGAGCUGAACGUGGUGAUGGAUGCCAGCGACCAGCAGGCCCUCAGCAGCUUCGUGUCGGGAGUGGAGGAGAGCAGGGAUCUGCUGCUGUUCUUCAGGUCUCUCAGGACGUUCUCUGAAAGAUGCAACGACAGACGCAGAACGUUCCAGCACUUCCAGGAGAAGUAUCCAGCUGUGGUCUCUCUUCCUGGAGGCUGCGGGUCAGAGGUCAUGACCCUUCACCACCCUGAGCUUCCUGGCUGCGUGCUAUUGGUCCACUGGUCAGUUGAGGUUUCCAGAGAGGGCGGAGUCACUUCAGAGCUCGACCUGCUGACCAAAAUCCCCGAGACAGCUCUGCAGAUGGACUCCCGGGCUGUAGGGGGCGCUGCAGAGGCCUUCCAGAGCCUGCUGAGGAUCCUGGGACCCGAGGCGGCGCUGGAGAGCCUCAUCCAGGCCAUCAGUGCUUAAACUGGGAGGACUGGGAGACAGCAGCUCCCAUCCCAGCCACCUGGAGAUGUUUUUGUGUCGACGUUCCUGCUGAGAACAUCUGUGAUCUCUGCUGGAACACACACACACACACACACACACACACACACACACACACACACCCAAACACUCACACACACACACAGCUGAUCUGCUUCCUGAAGUGUGAGACAGGACUAACCUGCAGCUUCAGUCCACACACACACACACACACACACACACACACACACACACACACACACUGCAGGUCCAUCCUG